GCUCGAGAAUCCGAAAAUUUUUGUUGAGUUGUGGCUCUUUUGGCGCGUCUUGGCGACAUAAUCCUUUAAGCUGUCAUCCUUGAUCAGUUGAUGGUCAGAGAGCGGAAGGAUUUACCUUUCAACUCUUCAUUAAGGUUAUUUAGAAAAAGCGGGACCAAGUGUUGUCCUGCUUGCAUUAAAAGUAAAUUGAUUUCAAUUCGAACUCCUUUGAAGUGCUGAGACAGUAUGCCACUGACAAACAUAAACAGAAUGUGAUUCUUCUAUAGAAAAAGCUAUCUGGUGCUUAUUAGCGAACAUCUUGAACGAAGGAAUACAUUUUUCUUCUAAUUCAAUAGUGAUCGUUUCCGAAAAAGUCAAAAUGGGUUUCAAGCAACCAGAUGAGCCAAGCUGUUGCAGUUGCAUCACGCAAUUCAGAGGUUCUCGAAAGUUGAUCCUUCUUAUUGUAGCUAUAGCUUUACUCUUGGAUAAUAUGUUACUUACAUCCGUAGUUCCUAUUAUACCCUCAUUCCUGUACCAUCUACGUCAUCAACCUACCGGCACUAUUACAAUACCGGAGCAAACUAUUUCAAAGAAAAUUUAUUCAAUUCCAAAUAUUCCAAUAAAUGAUAAAAAUGUUCCUUACUUUCUUCCGCGAUUACCACUUCCUCGUAAAAUUCAAAAAGCUCACGUCUGGGAACCACCAGGAUUUACAAUAGUGCCAAAUGAUGAAUUUUGGAAAGUUACUACGCAUUCCACAAAUAACGAGGAAGAAUUGCUACCAACUGAAUCCAGUCAAACAAGACACGAUGAUUUAGUUGAUGAAAACUUUGAAGUCAGCUUGAUGUUUGCAUCAAAGCCUCUUAUUCAAGCAUUUGCAAAUCCUUUUGUUGGGCCUUUGAGUAACAGAUUGGGUUUCAAUGUUAUCAUGUUCGUUGGAUUUUUGAUCUUGAUCUCUACAUCUUUAGCAUUUGCAAUUGGAAACAGUUACACAACUUUAUUCCUAGCAAGAUCUCUUCAAGGUGUCGGUUCAGCAUGCACUAGUGUUUCAGGCAUGGGAAUGCUUGCUGAUAUAUAUCCUGAUGACGCAGAAAGAGGAAAUGCUAUGGCUAUUGCUCUUGGGGGAUUGGCACUCGGUGUUCUCAUUGGUCCUAUUUAUGGAGGCGCUCUUUAUCAAUUCGUUGGAAAAGCUGCACCUUUUCUUAUUCUUGCAGGUUUAGCAGUAAUAGAUGGUGCAUUACAACUUUUAGUUCUUCAACCAAGAAUGAAGAGGCAGGAAGAAAAAGCAGAUGAGGGACCAUCUCUUUUAACUUUAAUAAAAGACCCUUACAUAAUGCUUGCAGCAGGAGCAAUUACAUUUUCAAAUAUCGGAAUAGCUGUUUUAGAGCCUUCUCUUCCAUUGUGGAUGAUGGAUACAAUGGAUGCAUCAAAAUGGCAACAGGGAGCAGCUUUUUUACCAGCUAGCAUCUCUUAUUUAAUUGGAACCAAUUUAUUUGGUCCUCUUGGCCAUAGGAUGGGAAGAUGGCUGGCAGCUAUGAUAGGUUUAGUAACUAUCGGCGUUUGCUUAAUGUGUGUUCCACUGGCCAAAUCAGUAGAAGAUUUAAUACCGGCCAAUGCUGGAAUCGGAUUCGCAAUUGGAAUGGUUGAUUCAUCAAUGAUGCCCAUGCUCGGAUAUUUAGUUGAUCUCAGACAUACAUCAGUAUAUGGGUGUGUUUAUGCCAUAGCCGAUCUUGCAUUUUGCUUAGGAUUUAUUAUAGGUCCAGUGUUCAGUGCAACGAUUGUUCAACGAUUUGGAUUCGAAGGAACCGUUUAUGCAGUUGCAUUAUGCAGUUUAUUGUACGCACCGCUAAUGGUUUUACUGAGGAAUCCUAAAGGACGAAAAGAGUUACAGCCAGUACUUGAAUCCAGUUCUUCAAAAUAUGCUUUACAAAUGGAUGAUGAUGAUGAAACUGAAGACGACGAAAUUUUAAAAAAACUUAAAGACCAACCUAAUUGUUAUUGAAAGUCAUAAUUCAUUUUAUUCUAUGAAUGUUCUGAAAAAUAUCUUGGUAAAACAAGUAAUAAAAUUAACUCAAUAAAAUA